CUGCGAAUAUCUUCAAUUUCGACAAUCUCGACAACCGCGACAAAUAUCUCGGCGUGGGGCCUGGAACUAACCACUGCAGCGGCUUGAAGAUCCAAUUUCCAGUACCAUUCCCAGCAGGCUCAUCUGCCCCAGCAGGUUCAUCCGCAAUGGAGAACUAUCAGAAGAUCGAGAAAAUCGGUGAAGGAACGUACGGUGUCGUCUACAAGGCUCGCGAACUGAACCACCCCAACCGUAUCGUCGCCCUGAAGAAGAUCCGUCUCGAGGCUGAAGAUGAAGGCGUUCCCAGCACUGCCAUCCGCGAGAUCUCCCUGCUCAAGGAGAUGCAGGAUCCCAACAUCGUUCAAUUGUUCAACAUUGUCCACGCCGACGGUCACAAGCUCUACCUGGUCUUUGAGUACCUCGACUGUGAUUUGAAGAAAUACAUGGAGGCUCUGCCGGUUAGCGAGGGCGGUCGGGGUAAGGCCCUGCCCGAUGGUACCAUGAUGAGCGGCCACUUGGGACUGGGUGAUGCCAUUGUCAAGAAGUUCAUGGCCCAGCUGGUUGAGGGUAUCCGUUACUGCCAUAGUCACCGCAUUCUGCACCGUGAUCUGAAGCCCCAGAACUUGCUUAUCGACCGUGACGGUAACCUGAAGCUGGCUGAUUUCGGUCUGGCCCGUGCCUUUGGUGUUCCCCUGCGUACUUACACCCACGAGGUCGUCACACUCUGGUACAGAUCCCCCGAAAUCCUGCUUGGUGGCCGUCAGUACUCCACCGGAGUCGAUAUGUGGUCCGUCGGUGCCAUCUUCGCCGAGAUGUGCACUCGCAAGCCACUCUUCCCCGGUGACUCUGAAAUUGACGAGAUCUUCAAGAUCUUCCGUGUCCUCGGCACCCCCGAUGAGGUCGAAUGGCCCGGUGUCACCUCCUUCCCCGAUUACAAGGCUACCUUCCCCAAAUGGAAGCGCCCCGAUGCCCCCAUUGUCCCCGGUCUGGAGGAGAAUGGUCUUGCCCUGCUGGAGGCGCUCCUCGAAUACGAUCCCGCCCACCGAUUGUCCGCCAAGCAGGCGUGCAUGCACCCAUACUUCAAGAACGGCAGCUCGUACUACUCGGGCCGCACAGUCGGCGCCCCCCGCAACGGCUUCCACUAAAAGACGAUCUCGUUCCUGAUCUAUUCAUGUACCCCUUAGCUUGACGUCGGAGAUCGCAUUUACGGUAACGCCGACCCCGGACCUAUGAUGUCUUUUUUCUUUUACUUGUUCAGUUUCUCAUUCUCUGUAUCUGGCGUUUCUGGGAUGGGGAGUGACUAAGGAGGGCGGGUUUUGCUCUGUUAUCAACGUUGCUUUUAGUGAAAUGCAAGGCGUACAUACCCCUUUCGGUGGAUAAAACAGAAACUCUUUUUUCUUUCUUCGAGAACA